UUACUUUACUUUGCUCUCACUCUCUCUCUCCCACUCUUCUUCCUCUUUUUGUGAGACGGCGGAGGCUUAUAGAUUCUUCAACCUCCUGUCACGCCAAGGGCAGGGCAGGAAGGGAGGAUCCUUAACUUCUUCUUGACCGCACUGCUCUUCUUUUUAAGCUCACUUUCUCUUUUUGCUUUCUUUCUUCGAGUUGUUAAUUUCUUUGUACUGCUAGCAGCAGCAAAUAUGAAUCUGGAUUUCAUUCCGCCUGCUACAAAUGUUUCUUUUUGCUGUUUGUUAACCAUCCAAACCCAAUCCAUUUCUUAGCAACUCUUCACUAUUUCCGAAACAUUUCCACCUGUUUUCCUCAUCUUUUUUCCUUUAUCCGUUUAUCAAGAAUCUUCACUGGGAUUUUGAGCUCUACAACUUAUUCAAAAUACUGCAGUGAAAGGAUGUUCUUUAGAAAAGGUUAAACCAUCGGCGGUGCUCAAAUCAUUUUUCCAUUUUCAGUAAUAAGUGGUGGUAGAUUUUCAUUUUCAGCAAUAUGGAUAUUACUUCAGUUCUCUGUUUUUUCUGAUAUGGGUUUCUGGGAUGAAGGUUGUCGCUUAGUGUUUCUGCUAACCACAGUUCCCAGAUCACCGAGUAGACUUUAGCUUCCACUUGUUGCUAGCUAGAUUUGCUUAUCGAGUUCCAUUUAAUCUCUAGCUUCGGUUGUUUCUGGCUUGGAACCAAAAGGUCAGGCCUAAAGUUUAACUUCAAAAUUGAGCAGCGGAUAGGAAGAAUAUGGGGUGGGUUUCAGCUAGAGACAGAGUUAAUUUUUGGCUUGUGUGUCUGUUAUGGAUGUUGUGUAGUGUGAGUGGAAUUGGUGUAAACUGGGGUACACAGUCAUCCCACUCCCUGCCCCCAGACAUUAUAGUAAAUUUGCUGAAAGAUAAUGGGUUUCAAAGAGUGAAGCUUUUUGAUGCAGACUACGGUACACUUAAGGCUCUGGGUAAGUCUGGGAUUGAGGUCAUGGUGGGAAUCCCAAAUGACAUGCUUGCUUCUGUGGGUGGCAGCAUGAAGGCUGCUGAGAAAUGGGUUGCCAAAAAUGUCUCCGCACAUAUCACCUCCAAUAAUGUCAACAUCAGAUAUGUUGCUGUUGGUAAUGAACCUUUCUUGGAGACAUAUAAUGGAAGCUACCUUAAUAUAACCUACCCUGCUCUUCGGAACAUCCAGUCUGCCCUGGUCAAAGCUGGGCUUGGAAGCCAAGUAAAGGUUACUGUUCCCCUCAAUGCUGAUGUUUAUGCAAGUUCAAGUGGCUAUCCAUCUGGUGGUGACUUCCGUGCUGAUAUCCAUGACCUCAUGCUUAUGAUUGUCAACUUCUUGAGUGUUAGUAGUGCUCCCUUCACAGUAAACAUCUAUCCCUUUAUAAGCCUCUAUGCUGAUGCCAACUUCCCGGUUGAGUAUGCAUUCUUUGAUGGCAAUGCAUCGCCACUAAAUGAUGGUGGGACGUUAUAUUACAACAUGUUUGAUGCUAACCUUGAUACCCUUGCACAUGCAUUACAGAAGAAUGGAUUUGGAAACUUGCCCAUUAUAGUUGGGGAGAUUGGGUGGCCCACUGAUGGAGACCGAAAUGCUGAUGUAGAGUAUGCUCGACGAUUCAAUCAAGGUUUUAUGUCUCACAUUUCUGGUGGGAGAGGAACCCCAAUGAGACCUGGGCCAAUAGAUGCCUAUUUAUUUAGCUUGAUUGAUGAGGAUGAUAAGAGCUCUGCUCCAGGAAAUUUUGAACGCCACUGGGGGAUAUUUACUUUUGAUGGGCAGGCCAAAUACCCUCUCAACCUUGGUACUACAAACUCCGGAGCUUUAGUUCCUGCGAAAGGUGUAAAAUACUUGGAAAGGAAGUGGUGUGUGAUGAAGCCUUCAGCCAGACUUGAUGACCCACAAGUAGAACCAAGUGUGAGCUAUGCAUGUGGACUUGCUGACUGCACUAGCCUUGGUUAUGGGACAUCUUGUGGAAAUCUAGAUGCUAGAGGGAAUAUAUCUUACGCCUUUAACAGUUACUUUCAGAAAAAUAACCAGCUUGAAGUAGCCUGCAAAUUUCCAAAUAUUUCAAUGAUCACAAAAACGGAUCCCACUCCAACGGCAGGAAAUUGCAAAUUUGAGAUAAUGAUCCAGCCCUAUUAUGAAUCUGCAGGACGGGAUUUGAGUGUGCCCAGAAGCCUUUGGACUUGGUUUAUGUUCUUGUUCAUAUUUUGCUAAUGCUUCUAUGAACUCGAAGGCUUGUAAUUGAGGUAUCGUUGUUCUACAAACAACGAACUAUUCAAAUGAUGACUGUUGGAAGGUGUAGUUGAUGCUGUGAGAGUGAUAAAUGUACAUGUGUCCCUCUUGAAUUUUGCUAUCCAGAAGACAAACUUUGAAGCUAAUUAUUUUGAUUUAGAAUUAACUCUGAGUUGGAUUUAAUAUUUUGAUAUGAGGUGGGUUUAGGACCCUCGAUUAGUGGACUGGUAGCUCUACGGCUUUGUUACAAUGAAUCAGAGCAACCUCAGGCAUCCAGGGGCUUUAAUCA